AUGUGGAUGUUCAACUGGUUCUGGGAUGUGCUCUCCAGCCUGGGCCUGCUGAACAAGCACGCCAAGCUGCUGUUCCUGGGUCUUGAUAACGCUGGCAAGACGACGCUGCUGCACAUGCUCAAGAACGACCGUGUCGCGAUCCUCCAGCCUACGCUCCACCCCACCUCCGAGGAGCUCGCCAUCGGCAACGUCCGCUUCACGACCUUUGACCUGGGCGGUCACCAACAGGCACGACGACUCUGGAAGGACUACUUCCCCGAGGUCAACGGCAUCGUCUUCCUCGUCGACGCCAAGGACCACGAGCGCUUCCCCGAGGCCAAGGCCGAGCUCGACGCCCUCCUGUCCAUGGAGGAGCUGCAGAAGGUGCCGUUUGUCGUCCUCGGCAACAAGAUCGACCACCCCGACGCCAUCUCCGAGGACGAGCUGCGUCACCACCUGGGCCUGUACCAGACGACGGGGAAGGGCAAGGUGCCGCUGGAGGGCAUCCGGCCGAUCGAGGUCUUCAUGGUGUCUGUUGUCAUGCGCCAAGGAUACGGCGAUGCCAUUCGAUGGUUGUCGCAGUACGUCUAG